AGAUUUUCGAAAAAUUAUUUUCCAUUAAUGAAAAGGGUAGAGAAUCCCGAAGAGUACAUUCGUUUGGAAAUAACUGGGUGGGUCAUAACCAUGAAUCGGUAUUAAAAAAUCCGUCGAUUUUCAUGUUUUGUGAUUUUUUUCGAAUUGGAUAAACUUUUAUCAUUUUGGAUACUUGUGUUACUUACUUUGGGAUAUAAGUAAUUUUUCGAAACGGAUUAAUUUAUAAUUAAUUCUAUUUAGUGCCAAAAUGUUAAUAAUAGGACGACGGAUAAAAACUUCGAUGGCAGUUAGAAUUUUAAUAGCACUGCUUUUCUUGGGAUCUAUUGCUUUGUCGACAGCAUCGAACACAACAGACUCUACUACUACAUUGACAGACUCUAAUGCUACAACGACAGACUCUACUGCUACAACGACUUUAGCAGAAACUACAACGGAAGUGACGACAGAAACAGUUGGCACAACAGAAACUACAACGGAAGUGACGACAGAAACAGUUGGCACAACAGAAACGUCAAAUAAUGCAACUAGCGAAACAACUAUAAAUACUGCUGAUACGACUACUGAAGGUACAACAGAAACAGCUACAAAUACUGCAGAUACAACAACUGAUGUUACAACAGAAACAGCUACAAAUACUGCAGAUACAACAACUGAUGUAACAACAGAAACAGCUACAGAUACUGCUGAUACAACAACUGAUGUAACAACAGAAACAGCUACAAAUACUGCAGAAACAACAACUGAUGUAACAACAGAAACAGCUACAAAUACUGCAGAUACAACAACUGAUGUAACAACAGAAACAGCCACAAAUACUGCAGAUACGACAACUGGUGUAACAACAGAAACAGCUACAAACACUGCAGAUACAACAACUGAUGUAACAACAGAAACAGCUACAAAUACUGCAGAUUCUACAACCGACGGUACAACGGAAACAGCUACAAUUACUGCUGACACAUCAACUGAUGUAACAACAGAAACAGCUACAAAUACUGCAGAAACAACAACUGAUGUAACAACAGAAACAGCUACAAAUACUGCUGACACAACAACUGAUGUAACAACAGAAACAGCUACAAACACUGCAGAUACAACAACUGAUGUUACAACAGAAACAGCGACAAAUACUGUAGAUACGACAACUGAUGUUACAACAGAAACAGCUACAAAUACUGCAGAUUCUACAACUGAUAUCACAACAGAAACAGCUACAAAUACUGCAGAUUCUACAACUGGUGUAACAACAGAAACAGCUACAAAUACUGCAGAUUCUACAACUGACGGUACAACAGAAACAGCUACAAAUACUGCAGAUUCUACAACUGAUGUUACAACAGAAACAGCUACAAAUACUGCAGAUUCUACAACUGAUGUUACAACAGAAACAGCUACAAAUACUGCAGAUUCUACAACUGGUAUGACAACAGAAACAUCUACCAAUACUGCAGAUACGACAACUGAUGUUACAACAGAAACAGCUACAAAUACUGCAGAUACGACAACUGAUGUUACAACAGAAACAACAACUACCACAGAUUUAACAUCUAUAGAGACCACAACUGAUACAUCAAGUUUAGAAACGACCACAGACGCAACUACAUUAGACACUGCAACUGAGGCAACUACUUCAGAAACUACAACUGAAGUAACAACCUUAGUAUAUACAACUGAAGAAACUACCAUAGAAACAACAACAGAAGGAACUACCGUAGAAACUACAACUGACGGAACUACUUUAGUAGAUACAACUGAAGAAACUACCAUAGAAACAACAACCGAAGGAACUACCGUAGAAACUACAACUGAAGGAACAACUUUAGAAACUACCACUGAGGGAACUACCUUAGAAACUACAACUGAAGGAACUACCUUAGAAACAACAACUGAAGGAACUACUUUAGAAACUACAACUGACGGUACUACCUUAAAAACUACAACUGACGGAACUACUUUAGAAACUACAACUGAAGAAACUACCAUAGAAACGACAACCGAAGGAACUACCGUAGAAACUACAACUGAGGGAACUACUUUAGAAACUACCACUGAGGGAACUACCUUAGAAACUACAACUGAAGGAACUACUUUAGAAACUACAACUGACGGAACUACCUUAGAAACUACAACUGAAGGAACUACUUUAGAAACUACAACUGAGGGAACAACCUUAGAAACUACAACUGAAGGAACUACUUUAGAAACAACAACUGAGGGAACAACAUUAGAAACAACAACUGAAGGAACUACCUCAGAAACUACAACUGAAGGAACUACAUUAGAAACUACUACUGAAGGAACUACCUUAGAAACUACAACUGAUGGAACUACAUUAGAAACGACAACCGAAGGAACUACUCUAGAAACUACAACUGAAGGAACUACUUUAGAAACAACAACUGAGGGAACUACCUUAGAAACAACAACGGAAGGAAAUACAUUAGAAACAACAACUGAAGGAACUACCUUAGAAACUACAACUGAGGGAACUACCUUAGAAACUACAACUGAAGGAACUACAUUAGAAACAACAACUGAAGGAACUACCUUAGAAACUACAACUGAAGGAACUACUUUAGAAACAACAACUGAAGGAACUACCUUGGAAACUACAACCGAAGGAACUACCUUAGAAACUACAACUGAUGGAACUACAUUAGAAACUACAACUGAAGGAACUACCUUAGAAACAACAACCGAAGGAACCACAUUAGAAACAACAACUGCGGGAACCACAUUGGAAACUACAACUGAAGGAACUACCUUAGAAACAACAACCGAAGGAACCACCUUAGAAACUACAACUGAAGGAACUACCCUAGAAACAACAACCGAGGGAACUACUUUAGAAACUACAACUGCGGGAACUACUUUAGAAACUACCACUGAGGGAACAACUUUAGAAACUACAACUGCAGGAACUACCUUAGAAACUACAACUGAAGGAACUACCUUAGAAACAACAACUGAGGUAACUACUUUCGAAACUACAACUGAUGGAACUACUUUCGAAACUACAACUGAUGGAACUACCUUAGAAACUACAACUCAAGGAACUACUUUAGAAACUACAACUGAGGGAACUACCUUAGAAACUACAACUGAUGUAACUACCUUAGAAACUACAACUGCAGGAACUACCUUAGAAACUACAACUGAGGGAACUACCUUAGAAACUACAACUGAAGGAACUACCCUAGAAACUACAACUGCAGGAACUACAUUAGAAACUACAACUGAGGGAACAACCUUAGAAACUACCACUGAAGGAACUACCUUAGAAACUACAAAUGAGGGAACUACCUUAGUAACUUCAACUGAGGGAACUACCCUAGAAACUACAACUGAAGGAACUACCUUAGAAACUACAACUGAGGGAACUACCUUAGAAACUACAACUGAAGGAACUACCUUAGAAACUACAACAGAGGGAACAACCUUAGAAACUACAACUGAGGGAACUACCUUAGAAACAACAACCGAAGGAACUACACUAGAAACUACAACUGCAGGAACUACAUUAGAAACUACAACAGAGGGAACAACCUUAGAAACUACAACUGAAGGAACUACCUUAGUAACAACAACUGAGGGAACUACCCUUGAAACUACAACUGAAGGAACUACCUUAGAAACUACAACUGAGGGAACUACUUUAGAAACUACAACUCAGGGAACUACCCUUGACACUACCACUGAAGGAACUUCCUUAGAAACUACAACUGAGGGAACUACCUUAGAAACUACAACUGAGGGAACUACGUUAGAAACAACAACUGAUGGAACUACUUUAGAAACUACAACUGAGGGAACUACCUUAGAAACUACAACUGAAGGAACUACCUUAGAACCUACAACUGCAGGGACUACCUUAGAAACAACAACUGCAGGGACUACCUUAGAAACUACAACUGCAGGAACUACCUUAGAAACAACAACCGAAGGAACCACAUUAGAAACUACAACUGAAGGAACCACAUUAGAAAGUACAACUGAUGGAACUACCUUAGAAACAACAACUGAAGGAACUACACUAGAAACAACAACUGAAGGAACUACCUUAGAAACAACAACUGAGGGAACUACCUUAGAAACUACAACUGAGGGAACAACCUUAGAAACAACAACUGAAGGAUCUACCCUAGACACUACAACUGCAGGGACUACCUUAGAAACUACAACUGAAGGAACUACCUUAGAAACUACAACUGAAGGAACUACAUUAGAAACAACAACUGCGGGAACCACCUUAGUAACUUCAACUGAGGGAACUACCCUAGAAACUACAACUGACGGAACUACUUUAGAAACUACAACUGAGGGAACUACCUUAGAAACUACAACUGAAGGAACUACCUUAGAAACUACAACUGAAGGAACUACCUUAGAAACUACAACUGAGGGAACUACCUUAGAAACUACAACUGAAGGAACUACUUUAGAAACUACAACUGACGGAACUAUCUUAGAAACUACAACUGAAGGAACUACCUUAGAAACUAUAACUGAGGGAACUUCUUUAGAAACUACAACUGAGGGAACUACCUUAGAAACAACAACGGAAGGAACUACCUUAGGAACUACUACUGCAGAAACCACUCUAGACACUACAACUGCAGGGACUAUCUUAGAAACUACAACUACAGGAACGACCUUAGAAACUACAACUGAAGGAACUACCUUAGAAACUACAACUGAAGGAACUACCAUAGACACUACAACUGCAGGGACUACCAUAGAAACUACAACUGAAGGAACUACCUUCGAAACUACAACUGAAGGAACUACCACAGAAACUACAACUGAGGGAACUACCUUAGAAACUACAACUGCAGGGACUACCUUAGAAACAACAACUGAGGGAACAACCCUAGAAACUACAACUGAAGGAACUACCUUAGAAACUACAACUGAAGGAACUACCUUAGAAACUACAACUGAAGGAACCACCUUAGAAACUACAACUGAAGGAACUACAUUAGACACUACAACUGAAGGAACAACCAUAGAAACUACAACUGCAGGGACUACCUUAGAAACUACAACUGCAGGGACUACCUUAGAAACUACAACUGAGGGAACUACCUUAGGAACUACAACUGAAGGAACUACCUUAGAAACUACAACUGCAGGAACGACCUUAGAAACUACAACUGCAGGAACUACCCUAGAAACAACAACUGACGGAACUUCUUUAGAAACUUCAACUGAGGGAACUACCUUAGAAACUACAACUGAAGGAACUAUCUUAGGAACUACAACUACAGGAACUACCUUAGAAACUACAACUGCAGGGACUAGCUUAGAAACUACAACUGAAGGAACUACCCUAGAUACUACAACUGCAGGAACUACCUUAGAAACUACAACUGAAGGAACCACCUUAGAAACUACAACUGCAAGAACUACCUUAGAAACUACAACUGAAGGAACUACCCUAGACACCACAACUGCAGGAACGACCUUAGAAACUACAACUGCAGGAACGACCUUAGAAUCUACAACUGAAGGAACUACCUUAGAAACUUCAACUGCAGGAACGACCUUAGAAACUACAACUGCAGGGACUACUUUAGAAACUACAACUGCAGGAACUACCUUAGAAACUACAACUGAGGCGACUACAACAUAUGAAUAUACAACAGCUGCAACGACGAUAGAAACCACAAAAUCGCCAGACAUCACAACCCAGCCAGGAACAACAACAACAAUGUCAACAACAACUUCUACACAAACAACAACCACAGUACAGACAACAUCAGCUUCAGCACGUGCUUCGGAAUUUAUGGCAUUCGGAGAAACAACUGCUGAUUCACGACUUUACGGAGAUGAUGUGUCAACAUAUAACUUAGGAUGUUUCACAUCAAUUCCUUUCUUGGGUGACAGUUACAGCUACUUGACAUUUUCUUCAAAUGGUCUGGCAUGCAUGGGUUGCAGAUAUACUUCCUAUGUUCCAAGAGAAUUGAACGUGUUUACAGAAAGAGAUGUAAUAGCUGCAUUAUGGACAGAUUUGGUUGUAUCUAGAUCAACGGAGAAGAUGUUUUAUCAUCUUUAUAGUGAUGAUGAUGAAAAUGGAGAUAGAACACUGAUUGAUUCAGUGUUGAAUAAAGUUUCUUCUAAUGUCAAUUAUUACGCUCGAACAAGUGAUUUUUCAGCAUCUUGUGUGUAUAUAGCUACAUGGGAAAAUGCAAGGCUAUAUGGUGAUUAUAAAACUGUAACAUUUCAAUUUAUCUUGGCAACAAAUGGUGAAAAGACCUAUGCUUACUCCUUGUUUAAGGAUGUGACUAUCCUGUCUCCACCUGGUGGCAGACAAUGUGCUAUAGGAUAUUCUGGAUUAGGUGGAUCCAAAUCAAGUAUAUACUCCUUCACAGAAAGUGCCUUUGACGUUAGUGAAUUUAGAGGGAACACAUUUGAUGGUGCAAAGGGUGUAUAUUUUAUGUCACUUAACGCAGAUGGUCCAAUACCACCAAACCCAGCUUCUCAGUGUGUGAGGUGGUAUCGUAAGAAUGUUAAUUCAGUUAGAUCAAACCUGUUAAAUAGGAGAUGGUGGUUAGCUAAUAUGUGUCCUUGCAAUCAGAGAAUGAUGGUUUUUGAUGGAAGAUUUUAUUUCUUUUCAUAUCAAAAUAAUGCGGUGUGCUUUGCCAACUACAGAUUUGGUAUCAGUCGUAUUUGUUGCUAUCACCAGUUCUAUGGGUUCCUGCUUAGGAAUCGUCCAGAUGCUGGUACUAUGGUUACAGGGAACCCUUUUACUGAUAUUGUUACAUACCAACAAGAUAAUGUUAUCCCUAAAGAAAAUUGUUGUGAAAAAUCAGAUAAUUGUUAUCUGUACUACAGAGUGAGACCAGUGGGAUUUUGUUACAGGCGGUCACCAUUUGGUAUAUUCUUUUCCUUUGGGGAUCCUCAUGUUGACACAUUGGAUGGAUUUCAAUACACAUUUAACGGCUGGGGGGAAUACACCAUGAUGAAAAUUACAAAUGAAAAUGUAACCUUCGAAGUUCAAGCUAGAACAGACUUAGCUACUUCAAAGAAUGGAACUGACCUAAAGAAAAUAAAUGCGACUAUAUUUAGUGGUUUUGCUGCACAUGCACAAGAAGAUGUAAAUGCAACUAUGCAAGUAGAACUAGCCAGUGAUUUGGAAACAAUGGUAGUUUAUGGUAACGGGAAUGACUACACAACACGCUUUAAUACUGAAGACAACUUUGCUGUUUUUCUAUCUGGGAUUGUGUUGAGACGUCAAAAUCAUACACUUGCUGUUGCUUUCUCCGAGUCAGGGAUUCAGUUAAACUUUCAGGUAAAAACUCGGCAGUUGACUUUGUCAGCAUCAGUUCCUGAGGAUUUUAAAGGUCAAGUUAAAGGUCUUAUGGGAAACUUUGAUGGCGACAAAACCAAUGAAUUUAUAUUACCAAAUGGAAGUGUACUUCCACCUGGUGAUGUGGAUACUGAAAGAAAAAUCUAUAACAAUUUUGGUCAGCUGUGGGAGACAACUGCAUCCAAUUCAAUAUUUGAUUAUACUGAUGGGAAAUCCUGGACUGAUUAUAGUCACAAAGAUUUUGUUCCAUUGUUUAUUGAUGAGUUUGACAAUAGUACGCUCCAGGCAGCUUAUAGCGUCUGUGGUGGCAGUGAUGACCAAUAUAAAGCUUGUAUCUUUGAUUACUUAGCAACUGGGGAUCAAUCAUUUGCUGAUGAUACUCAAUCAACAAAUGUGGAAGCUGAGUCUGAAACUGCACAAUUACAAAAUGAGGCACCAGAAAUAGAGGGAGAAGAAUCUAUCAAAGUUGUAGUAAAUCAACCUAUAAGUUUCAACUUCCAAGGUCAGGAUGAUAAACCAGGUUUUACAUACAGUAUAAUAGAUAAGCCAGGCCCAGGUGGAGGCUCUUUCACAUCUGAUAUUUCCACAGGAAAUCUGACAUUAACUUGGACACCUGCAAAUCUAAAUACAGAAAAAAUCAGGGUAACUACUGUGGACAGUGAUGGUGUAAGAGCAGACGCUAUAGAGGUGGUGAUUAUGGCGUGUAGUGGAUGUUCAGGUGACCAAGGAACAUGUGACUAUGAAAAUCUCAGAAAUGAAUCCAAUCCAAACUAUGUGAUUGCCUCAUGUAACUGUACAACUGGAUGGUCUGGUGAUGACUGUGAGAAUGAUACAGAUGCUUGUUCUGAUAACCCAUGUGCUUUAGGACGUACCUGUAUAGAUUUAUUACCAUCUGAUGAAGUAUCACUUAAUCGUGGUUACAACUGUUCUAAUUGUCCACCAGGCUACAAUAUUACAGCCGAUGAAAAAUGUGAAGAUAUAAAUGAAUGUUUAGAUGGAACAGAUAACUGUCCAGCAAACAGUAAUUGUACAAACACAGAUGGAAGCUUUACAUGCCACUGUCUGGCAGGGUUCCGAAAAGUGGGUUCUCUGUGUCAAGACAUUGAUGAAUGUACUGAAAGGACAAGUGGUUGUGAUCAGAAUUGUGCUAACAGCGAUGGAAGCUUUACAUGUAGUUGUGUGUAUGGGUUUGAGCUGAUAGCUGAUGGUAAAUGUAAUCAAACAAUAUUUGAUGUCUGUGCACUGCUGAAUUUAACCUGUGAAUAUGGUUGUGAUAACACUACAAAUACUAAUCCAGGAACCUGGGAGUGCAUAUGUCAAGAAGGGUAUCAACUUGAUAUUGCCAGUGGCGAUUGUUCUAAUAUAAAUGAAUGUGAUGCUAAUGUAUGUACACAGAACUGUCUGGAUACUGAUGGUAGUUAUACCUGUUCCUGUUAUACAGGAUUCAAAUUAAACGCUGAUAAAACGUCAUGUUCAGCCUGUGUGAAUCCAUUUUAUGGUGACAACUGUGCAAGUCAAUGUAGCUGUGGACCAGGGGCUGACAGAUGUGAUCCUAGUCGUGGAUGUGUUUGUAACAGUGCCUGGACUGGAGAUAAUUGUGACGUGGAUGUCAAUGAAUGUGUAGUUAAUCCAGGCAUAUGUAUAAAUGGCGACAAGACUUGUGUAAAUGAAGAUGGCGGUUAUCAAUGUAAUUGUGGCGCUGGGUAUGAAAAAGUGUCUGCAAUCAACAGUGUUUCUUGUGCAGAUGUAAAUGAAUGUAGUAGUGCAACAACAAACAAUUGUUCAGCCACAGUUUCAACGUGUCAGAAUACAGAUGGUGGAUAUACCUGUAGAUGUAACACUGGCUACCAAACAAUAAAUCCAUAUCAAUGUGAAGAUGUAAAUGAGUGUACAACAGAGUCUGAUGAUUGUGAACAAGACUGUGACAAUAAUGUGGGAAGUUAUAACUGUCGAUGUUUCUUUGGUUACGAACUCAACACGGACAGAAAAACUUGUAAACAAGUGUCAGAUCCAUGUGGUACUCUGAGUAACCUGACCUGUAGUUAUGCAUGCAGACUAAAAGACAACGCUGUGUUUUGUUAUUGUCAAUCUGGAUAUAAACUACUGGCUAAUAACGAGACUUGUACAGAUAUAAAUGAAUGUGAUGAUGACAGUAUAAAUCUGUGUACAGAUAAGUCAACUUGCUCCAAUAUAGCGGGAAGUUUCAAAUGUAGUUGUCCAAUUGGUCAGUUCUUGGAGAAUGACCAAAGAACUUGUUCAAAUUGUGAUCAGUAUCACUGGGGUGCCAGGUGUAAUAAUACAUGCAACUGUGGUGCCGGGGCAGAGAGGUGUGACCGAAUAACUGGAUGUGUGUGUAAAUCAGGAUGGCAGGGGACACUGUGUGAUGCUGAUAUCAAUGAGUGUAAUGGUGCCGUCGACCCAUGUGAUACCUCUCCCAACCAAAGAUGUGUCAACACACCUGGAUCAUUUGUCUGCCAGUGUGUGACUGGUUACCAGAAUGUAACAGGAACUUGUACUGAUAUAAAUGAGUGUAGUAACAAUCCAUGUGAACAACUAUGUGCCAAUACAAUCGGAAGCUAUACAUGUAGUUGUAGAGCUGGCUUUACUAAAGAUGCUAAUGACAAAUGUCAAGAUAUCAAUGAAUGUGACACAACUUUGAACAAGUGUGACCAGAACUGUCUUAAUACUCCAGGAAGUUAUAAAUGUUCUUGUAAUGAUGGAUACAUACUCAGCUCAACAGACCAGAGGACAUGCAAACCUAAGACAGAAUGUUCCAAUUUCAAUUGUACUUCGCCAGGAACUUGUGCUGUCAAUUCUGAUCUAUAUGAAUACUGUACAUGUCCAACAGGAUACAAUCUAACCAUGACUGAUAAUAUUACUGGAAUCUGUGAAAACAUAGAUGAGUGUGAACCAAGCAAUCCAUGUGGUGAUACGUGUACAGAUAAAACACCAGGGUACGAAUGCUCCUGUACCAAAAAUGGUACAAAACUGGAUAGUGAUGAACAAAGUUGUACAGCUUGUGCUGAAGGAGAAUGGGGACAGAACUGUGUUGAAAACUGUACAUGUGUGACAGAAAACACCAAUUCUUGUAACAAAACAGAUGGAAAUUGUAAUUGUAAAACUGGCUGGAAGGGAGAUAACUGUGAUACAGAUAUCAAUGAAUGUGACAAUGCCACAAUAUGUCAGACUAAUUCAGUGUGUGAAAACACCAAUGGAUCCUAUGUUUGUGUCUGUGAUGAGGGAUAUUUUAACUCAGCAGAUGUUUGUCAAGUAUGUGGUUCCAACACAUUUGGUAAAGACUGUGCUCGGACCUGUAGCUGUGAGGUAACCCAAACAGACUCCUGUAACAAUGUUGAUGGUAGUUGUACAUGUAAAAGUGGUUGGCAAGGAACCACCUGUUCUGUGGAUGUUGAUGAGUGUACAGUUACUUCCUAUAUAUGUAAUACUACAUCUAAUUCUGAAUGUAACAAUUUAAAUGGUACCCAUGAGUGCAAUUGUGUGACUGGAUACCAGAAAAUAGCUAAUGGAAGUUGCCAAGAAUGUGGCAGCACAAACUAUGGAGAUAGCUGUUCUCAGGCCUGUACUUGUAUUGCUGCCAAUACAAUGGAUUGUAACAAUGUUAAUGGUAGUUGUACUUGCAAAACUGAAUGGAAAGGAACCAUCUGUGAUGUGGACGUAAAUGAAUGCGAUGAUGCAACAACUUGCGCCAGUGUUCCUGAUUCAACUUGUGAAAAUUCAGAUGGUUCUUAUGAUUGUGUCUGUAAUGCUGGAUAUCAGAAGAAUGCGUCUAAUCUCUGUGAUAACAUUAACGAAUGUGGAAUAAGUAGUUUGAACAACUGCACAGAGAACGCAUCCUGUGUUGAUAUCGACGGCAGUUUUUAUUGUGUUUGUGACUCAGGGUUUACUGGCCAAGGAGAUGUAAAUUGCACAGCUGUUACAACAGUUGAACCUGAUACUACACAAACAACAGAAACUACUGAGUCAACAACAACAGAAAAAGCUGUCACAACAGAGACAACGUCUGAAACUUCACAAACAACAGGACAUAUGGAGUCAACAACAGCUGAAAAGGGUACUGGAUCUACCACAGAAAAAUUAACAAAACAGUCAACUGAAACCUCUUCACAAAGUAUGACAGCACAAACUACUGAAGCUUCAACUGACAUUUUUUCUACCAACAAUUAUUCCGGAACCACAGCAGAAAGUGCAUCCACAGAAGGCACUGCAACUGAAACAUCUGGAACCACCACAGAAGGCACUGCAACUGAAACCUCUGGAACCACAACAGAAGGCACUGCAACUGAAACCUCUGGAACCACCACAGAAGGCACUGCAACUGAAACCUCUGGAAGCACUAUAGAAGGCACUGCAACUGAAACCUCUGGAACGACCACAGAAGGCACUGCAACUGAAACCUCUGGAACCACCACAGAAGGCACUGCAACUGAAACCUCUGGAACCACAACAGAAGGCACUGCAACUGAAACCUCUAGAACCACCACAGAAAGCACUGUAACUGAAACCUCUGGAACCACCACAAAAAGCACUGCAACUGAAACCUCUGGAACCACCACAGAAGGCACUGCAACUGAAACCUCUGGAACAACCAUAGAAGGCACUGCAACUGAAACCUCUGGAACCACCAUAGAAGACACUGCAACUGAAACCUCUGGAACCACCUCAGAAAGUACUCUAGCCACUAGUCAAAGAGAAACUCCAACAGUCAUUGUUACUGCCAUACAAACCACUGAAGUUUCAACAAACAAUGGUUUAAUUACACAUAGUAUAGAUAUCACAUCAGACAGUGUCUCUGCAACUCAGAGAUCUGAGGCCACGACAGACAGUGCCACAAGUUCUAUAAACACUUUACCACAAGGUACUGGAACCAGUACAGAAAGUAGUAUGACCUCACAAGACACUAAAACCACAACAUCUAUGCUGUCUGGAACACAGACAACUGAGGAUUCUGACGUGACAACACAAGUAAUAUCCACCGUUGAUUUCUCCAGUAGUGAAGCAACAUCAUCAACAGUUUAUUCUACAGCUCUAGAAACCACAACAGAAGAAGCUACAACACAAGAAGCUACAACACAAGAAGCUACGACCCAAGCUACCACAACACAAGAGGUGACAACUAAAGAGGUAACCACAGUUAAGACAACAACUCCAGAAGUAACCACCAAGGUUGUCACAACACAAGAAACAACAACUGAAAAAGCAACAACACAAGGAGUAACAACCAAAGAUGCCACAACUACUGAAGCCACUACUACAGUCCAAACUACAGUGAGUGUUCCAACAACAACAUACACACCUAUAUCUGGUGAAAUAAAAGUAACAGUAGUCCUGACCAUAGAUGUAACGCCAACUGGAGACUUAUCCAAUGAAAAUACUGUUUACUAUAAAGAAUUAAUUGCCGAGACUUUGACAGUUUUGACAACUUACUACUCUUCUUCAGCUGCAACAAAAGACAAUUUCAUUAAAGUAAUUGUGUAUACAAUAAGCCAAGGAAGUUUAGUUGUGGAUCAUGCAGUCGUAAUGAAUUCAACAACUACAAAUGGGCAAAAUCAAGUUGCUGCUGCCAAUAACAAUCUUGUAAAUGGUGGUGCUAAACUGACAUUUGGUGCAGGUCAAACCACUCCAGUUAGUGCUGGUGCCACUAAGUCUGCCAUUUAUGCACCAGGAGGAAAUAAUGCUACAGUUACGGGAUCUUCAACUCUUUGUGGAACAUUCAAUACAAUGAACACAUGUCCGACAAGUCAGGAAUGUUCUAUCAAUGGUAAUGGCGUAGCAUACUGUGCACCCAUUGAGAGUACAGAUAAUUUCCCGCUGAUAGUAGGUCUUGGUGUUGGAAUUCCUUUGUUUUUCAUCGUCCUAGCCUUGAUCAUAGUCCUAUGUGUAUAUAACAGUAAACGUCAAAAAAGUAGCUCAUUAGAAGAUGAUGAUUUAGACAGAACAAUGCCUGCUCAUGAAGGAUUUUUCACUGGUGCUAUACCUGGUCGAUUCAAUAGCUGGAAUCGCCCUGGUGAUAGUGCAUUCCAUGGUCGUUGGGAUGAUGAGUCUGUAGAUUCAGAAAGAGGAGGGGCAUAUGAUAAUGAGAUGUUUCGUGGAAAAGAUCCCUAUGUGUAUGAUAACAACAAAGGAGGAAAACCUGCUUCAUUUUCAUGGGAUUUUAUUUUCCAAAGUUUACCUGGUAAUGGUCAGUAUCAUAUAAAGAGACCAGAAACAAAUCCAAAACCUAACCCAGUUUUUUCGAAGAAAGGUGGAGGUCCGUCAACUAAUGCAUAGAUGACUUAGGAUAGUUAAAUAAAUUUUAACAAGUGUUCCUCUAAGAGGGCUUCCAUAUACCCAUGUGCCAAUAUUAGACAUGUUAGAGAUAUUCUUCAUCUAAUGAAAUAGAGACAUGAAAACAUUGACAUUGAAUAUGUGCUUUGUGAAUUAUGUAAUCAUCAUAUUGUAUGUCCCAAUUUCAAAAUCAUGUGUUUUAAAAGUGAGGCAUAUAGCAUGUAUAUACAACUGAUUUGUGAAGUCAGCUGUAAGAAUAAUGAUCUUUAUAAUUGACUGCUGCUCAUUUGCUAUUAGUUUACAGGUAACAUAUUAUAAUAUGAUAAAUGAUUUAUUGUAAAAAAAAUUAGAAAAGAACUUAAAACAUGUUUCAAACUGAAAAACACUUAAGAAGAGAACAGAACAACACAACACAAUACAGGGGUUUUCUGAUGAACAGAAAAAAACGCAGGGAUUUUGGUGUAAAUUUAUUUGUGGAUAUUUAUACAGGGUUUUAUAAUGUAAAACUGUAAAUAUGAUAUAUAGAAAAAUUAUAUCAGACAGAAUCAUUUUAAUGGCAAUUCAUGUAUAAAGGAAUAGACUGAUUAUGUUUAUGAUUAUGUAUUAUAGGGAACUUUAUUUUAUCAUUACAAAUGUUAUUAUCAUAAUGUAACAUCACAUAUUAAUCAUCAUUUUUAUAAGUAAAUACAAUUGUUUAUGAAUUUUAUCCUUUUGUUAGAUCUAUCAUUAUUUUCCAUUGAACAUUUAGUGUGAACACUUUAAAAGACAACUCUUUCCUUAAUUGGAAAUAAGCAAUACGUCUAUUGCACUUAUGUCCAAAUAUUGUUUAUGUAUAGAAAUAGAUGUUCUCAUGCUUAUUUAUUGAAAAUUGCAUUUGAAAUUAUCUCAAAUUUGAUUUUUGGGAAAGGCCAGUUUAGGAUUAUAAAUCCAGAUAUACAUUAUGAGUUGUAAUAUUGUGAUUGCAGAAUCUUUAAAUUGUUAUUGAUAUGGUUGAUAUGAUGUGUUUUUUUCAAGAUUGCAAUUUCCAAAAUAUAUUUCAUAUUUUUAAGAUUAUUUUUUUUUUAAUAAAUUUAUGAAUUUGACUGGUGCUAUCUAUAUACCUAAUCCAUCAAAUUUCUUCUCUGAUACCAGUUCUUAAAAAAAUAAUUCUCCAAAUUUUCUGUUCAAUAGUGUUUCAAAUUUUGUCCAUUACAAAAUCCUUAGGCAUACUCAUUCCAUAAUGCAUGUUCUUCCAUUUAAAGAUAUUAACUAAUAGUUAUUAUUGUUUUAUAAAUCAAGUGUUACAAUCAUUUUCUAUUUUACUUUUAAUACAAGCCAACUUGUUUUAAGGGUAAUUGUGAGUUGUUAGUUUAUAUGAAUGAAUGUGACUUUUUAGAAUAAGUGUACCAUUUUCUUUAUUCAAUCAAAUUAUAUAAAUAUUAUAUGAAUUUUAUUUUUGCUUUUUAUAAUGAUAUAGAAAACAUUUAGGUUUACAUCUCAGGGAUUUAGAUUUGUUUAAACAUUUGGUACAUCUCUGGUAGUCUCCAUCAAAAGUACUACCAAAGCAUGGUUUGGUCAAUUCAUAUACCCAGUAACAAUAACUUGUCAAAAUUGAAACCUUGAUUUGCUCUAGUUUUUAAAAACAGCUAAGUUUGAAAACAAAUAAAUGUGAAAAAUAAAAAACAAAAUAGGUUCUGAUGGGAAUAGUGGUGAGAUAAAUGACUUUCACCUUUUAUAAUUCUACAUAAGCUUUACUUUUUAUCAUUGAAUCAAUUACAGUUCAUAUUGUAAGUGCAAUAUUUUCGUAAAUCAUAUUUGGAAUUGUUGUUUUAGAUAUAUUUCCUACAUGGAAAUUAAACUUCCAUAGUAAUUAGUUUAUUCGUCCUUUAUAGUUGUAAACACUGUAAACUGCUUUUUAUCAUUUGCAUUAUAAGGUCUAUCAUACUAGGAAGUAGUUUCAAUCAAUAUCAUUACACAAUUUUAGGGAUUAAACUAAUAACUUACCCAAAAUUGUGUACAAUGAUAUCUUCAUGCCAAAAAUAUAGUCCCCUAAUGUUAUGACUAUUAUCAAAUACAUAUCAAUUUACAUGAUCAUCUUCAUAUAUUGUAACAAAAAUGAGUGAUAAAUAUAUUGUUUUUCAUUCAAAUCUCUUUUCUACUUGUUCUCAAAAUCAGAAACAUUUUUAGAUAUAUGUUUUAAGUGUUCUUUGAUUUUUAUUAAGGUUUAUAUUAUUAUUUAAAACACGUUAUAUGAUUAGGGCAAUACAUUUGAUUAUAGGAAAAGGUGAUACUCAGCAUUUUAAGAUGUGAUUAUCAUUUACUUAAAUUGAAAUUGUAAUUUUUGAAUAAAACAUGAUUUUAUAUCAUAUUUUUUAAAUAUGGUAAAAUGAUAACUAGCUGAUAAUUUGAAUAAAAUGUCAGCAGUUUAUCAAGCUAUAGUUGUUAAUAGAUUUGGAAUUGUAACAUACAUAUAUAUAUAUAUAUAUAUAUAUAGUAAGUUAUGUUCCAUAAUUACUUGUUUUGUCUUUAAAAUAUUGUUAUAUUAAGCAUUUAUAUUUUAAGAAAAAAAAUCAAAAUUUAUUUAUACAUAUAUAUUCAAAUAUAAAAUUAAAAAUAUUUUUAUAAUG